AUGUGUCCAGACAUACUAGAAUUGCUCCUUCGUCAAAAUCGAAUUGCGUUAACAUCUGACAUCGAACAAGCAUUCUUGCAAAUUUCUCAUGCUGAUGAAGACAGAAACGCAGUCACGCUUCUAUGGAACGAUGGUGAAUUAAAUGGAACCAAAAUAAAGGCUCCUCGUAUGACAAGGGUCAUUUUUGGAGCAACAUCUAGUCCGUUUCUUCUCAGAGCUACUCUUAAUGUACACGCUAACAAAUACAAGUUACAGUAUCCAAACGUAUUUUCCAUGCUAACUGAAAAUAUGUAUGUUGACGACUUAAUCGCUGGAGCAGAUGAAGAAUCAGAAGCAUUCGAGGAAUCGGAACAUAUUAAACGCAUACCGAAAGAAGAUGGAUUUAACAUGCGGAAGUGGAAAACAAAUGAAACGAAUUUACAAAAACUAUGGAACGAAGAAGAUUUUGCACAAGAUUCGACUUUGUUUUAA